GUGAAGUUCGUGCUGUACCAUCUGCUGGUGGGACUCAAAUAUCUUCACUCUGCUGGUAUCUAUCAUCGCGACCUGAAGCCAUCCAACGUGCUUGUAAACCAGGACUGCAACGUGAAGAUUUGUGACUUCGGGCUGGCGCGGGCCGUUGGAGAAGAGCUGGAUGAGGAUCAGGAUGAGCACAGCGACAAGGCCGUCCGAGUCAUGACGCAGCAUGUCGUCACUCGAUAUUAUCGAGCGCCUGAACUGAUCCUCCUCGACGAUUACACCGAGGCCAUCGAUCUGUGGUCCGUGGGAUGCAUCGCCUUUGAGCUCGCGGAGAUGAUGGAGCCAAAGCCUGCAGAGGACCGCGGUCCACUGUUUCCGGGAUCGACUUGCUAUCCCUUAUCACCAGACUGUCAACACAGACAUGAUGUGGCGUUUCACUCCAGUGGAUGCAAGGAGCAGCUCAACAUGAUUUUUGAGGUCAUCGGCACUCCCUCGGAGCGCGAUGUAAAGCUUCUCCGAGAGGACGCCCGCAAGUACGUUUGCUGCUUCCAGCCGCGGCUCGGAUGUGGAGUCCAGCCUCGCCUACCAAGUGCCGCUCCUUCCCUUGUUGAAACCAUCGACAGUCUGCUACGCUUUAAUCCUCAAGAGCGAGCAACUGUUGAAGAGGUGCUUCUUCGCCCUCUCUUUGCAGAAAUUCGCGACCCCGGAAAAGAGGUCGUGGCUCGUGGCUACAUAACUCUGGAGUUUGACCAGGAGCCAGAUCUGAGUGAACCGCAGCUGCGACAAUGCUUCAAGCAGGAGAUUCAAAGCUUUCGGCGCGCCAGAGCUGGCCGCUGA